AUGGACGCAACCGACACAAUUCGCUCUCCCCUAGGAGAGGCGAAGUUCACUCUCGAUGGAUCCGCGAAGCCCUUGUCAUAUUUCUUGACCACUAUCCUGGUCAUCAUCUUCGCGUACUCUAUGCAGAGUUCCAAGAUGAAUACGCCUUCAAUCAACCCUAAGGGAAAGUUCGAACUCACCGACAGCCGGCCCAAGAAGCGCUACCUGACCGGCGCAAGGGAGAUGAUGUACUCAUGGUUCAAGACCAACCCCAAUAAGCCGGUCCGACUGGUUAGCGACAUGGGCGAGACCAUCGUCCUGCCUCCCUCUAUGGCCAACGAAAUUCGAAAUGAUGCUCGCCUAAGCUUCACCCAAUUCUCCGCCGACUUCUUUCAGACCAAGACCCCAGGGUUUGAUGCCUUCCACGAGGGAACUCGUGACAGCAUUACGUUGAUCGUCAUCAACAAGGACCUGACCAAGUCUCUCGCCAAGGUCACUGAGCCCCUUGCCGACGAAGCCUCGCUGGCACUCAAAGAUAUCUUCACCGACAGCAAGGGUAUGGGAUUCCUGAUCCGCAUCAGAGAUGACAAGGCAACUGACAAUGGGUAG